UUUUUCCUGUUUUGACUUCUGUUCCCGGAAUUCUGGGUCAAGUUUGCAUCUGGGAUUUAAAAGACAGAUAUCUAUUACCUGCGUCGCCUCCGGAGCUCCUGCAGCAUGUUGAAGUGAACAACAGACCGUCUGAUGUCCUGAAAAACCACCUCAAAGCAGGGAAUGGAUUUCCAAAAGCUGCUGUUGAGGGUUAGUAAUGCCCUGGGUUCAGAGGAGGUGAGGGCUUUAGCAUUUCUGUGCACUGACCUCCUGAACCGGAACAUGAACUCGGUGGAUUCGGCCAGUGACCUCUUCCGUCUCCUGAUGAACCAAGACCACCUGUCACCGGAGCAGCCGGAGCUGCUGACUGACCUUCUCCUCACCAUCCAGCGUCAGCGUUUGUUACGUGAUGUUGGCCUCAGUGACUGCGAAUGUGCAACAAGCCUUAUCUCCCCCUACAGGAAGCUGCUUUACAGCCUGUCUGAGGAGAUUACUGCUGACGAGCUGAAUUCUAUGAAGUUCCUAUUACUUAAAAAACUUCAUCGUAGAAAACUGGAAGAAAAGUGUACACUGGAAGUCUUCGUGGAGAUGGAGAACAAGGAGCUCAUAUCCGAAACUAAUCUGGAAGAGCUCGAGGGCAUAUUCAGAUCGGUGUGUCCGGUGCUCAAUGACAAAAUCAAGAAGUUUCAAGCACUGCCGGUUCAAGAAACGAGUCGACCAAGAUCUGUCAGCUGUCCUUCAGAAUCAAACCAGGCCUCAAGAGUGGCUGGCUUGUCAGGUCUGCCGGAAUUGCCCUUGUCUUCCAUAAACUCUUCCAACACCUCCAUUGAUGUCACUUGUUUUGAAGAAAGGCGUGAGGACUCUGUAUUUCACCAGAAACUGGCUGCUUUAGGCACUGAAACAAAUAUAAUUAAAAGCUCCUUUCAAAUAUAUUGUCACCGUAAUAUUGAAUUUAAACAUCUGAUUAACGUUCUCAUUUUCCAUGUAGACAUCCAAAAAGAGACGGUUACUAUUAAUAACAGAGCCCAAGAAAACAAUGUCUCCCCAGGGAAAGCAGAGGGUGUGGGUACAUAUACGAUGACUGCAGCGAAGAGAGGUACCUGUGUAAUACUGAACAACUACAAUUUCACAACUCUGGGAAAGCGUAACGGAACUGAAAUUGAUGAAAAAUCUCUGAAGAAUGUGUUUGAGUGGCUGGACUUUGAGGUGCAGAUACACAGGGAUUGCAAAAGGGACGAGAUGAUAUCUGUGAUCUCGGAGCUCAGCAAAAAAGACCACAGUCAGGCGGACUGUGUGGUCUGCUGCGUUCUCAGCCACGGCGUAGACAGGGGGGUGAAAGGCGUAGACGGCGGCAUCGUGACACUUAAGGAGCUGACCUCCCCCUUAGAUGGACUGAAUUGCCGCUCUUUAGUAAAUAAACCCAAGCUGUUCUUCAUCCAGGCCUGCCAGGGCAACCUCGAGCAGAGAUCUGUAGAGAGUGACAGCCAUGAAGGGAGUCAGAUUAGCAGUGAUGCUAAGAAAAUGAAGUCCAUCCCGGCCGAAGCUGAUUUCCUCCUGGGAAUGGCCACCGUUCCUUUUCACGUCUCCUUCAGAGAUGGGAAGACGGGAAGCUGGUACAUACAGUCGUUGUGCCAAAACCUUGUCAAAAUGGUUCCCAGGAGUGAAGACCUCUUAUCCAUCCUGACAAAAGUGAAUGCCGAUGUUAGCGAGAAGUAUUAUAACAUGAAAAAGCAGAUGCCUCAACCAGCCUACUCACUCAGGAAGAAAGUGAUCUUUCCAGUUCCCAAAGCGCCUCCUCCAAGUCUGUCCAACUGAAUGCUGCUGUCCAUCUGAAGAUCUCUAGUGAGCGACGAUUGCCGACACUAGUGUUGUGAGCGAACAUUCCCUGUUGACAUUUUUAGAUUGUUUAAUGCACUUUUUUCAAGAUUUCAUGAGUUUUUAAAACACCACCAUGGCCAGACUAAAA